AUGAUUAAAAAAUUAUCAUAUUUCACCUAUGAAUCCCUUCCUGUUUAUACCAUGGUGACCUCAUUAGUGCUGGAUGGCAAUGUAUUGUAAUUCUUCUUGGUGAAUCCUACAUUUGCGAUUACAGAUCAAAAUCAUAUGAUGGCAUUUAGCAAGUUUGCAAAAGCAAAAUUCGCCUUGCAAUUGAGGUUGUCAGCAGAAAUCGAUUAAAGCGACGAGACCCUGAAAAUCAAACGGUGGGCUAGUUUAGGUCUGACCUAUGAAGAACUCUCUUAAUUGCUCUAUCCAGAUUUGCUGCCUGGACAAGAAUUUGCGAUAUGUAAUUCGAUUAACUAUGUAUUUGAAUAGAAUACAAAUAAAAACAACUGUUUGGAAAGCUUGUUCAUCGAAAAUGUGGAUCAAGAUAAACAAAUGACUUACAUAAUAAAUGCAGAUCAGCAUGGACAAAUGAAAAAACAAAUAGAAAAAUCAUUGACAUGGAUAGCUGGUUGGCAUCAUCCAAAAUAAUUUAUUAAAUAAUUAGAAGUAUAAAAGCCAAUAAAUUGA